AUAAAAAUAAGUAUAUAUUGUAUAAUGUGGCUGGAAGUUUCACAAAGUAAAGAGGACUGGGAUGACGUUAUGGAUAUUUGCGGAAGGGAAUUUGUGGAUUCAGCAAUCGCAAGAAGAUAUUUACCAGACACUGAAAAAAGAAAACUUUUGAUGCCCCUAUUCUUUCGAUACCUUUAUGAGGCCCGUUACUCAGAUGACCGUGCAAUACUGAUUUCAGUAAAGACACGUGAAGAUUUUACAAACGCUUACGGCAUACAAAAAGCCAGAUCAAGAAUUGUUGGAGCAUGGUUGACUAUUUAUGAUUUUAUUCCACGGAAAUCGAAUAUUACGAGAAUGAUUAAUGUUGAUGAAGAUGGAACCACUCGAUUAUUAAAGAUGGAAAAAUGGCGGGAAGAAAAUAUUCAUCAAAUUAUCCAAGAAGCUGCGAAGGAUUUUGAUAUGAAAGCUGUUUACCCAGCUCGUAUAGUUGUACCCAAAGCUUAUCAGGGUCAAAGCAUUUUGACAAACCGAUUUAGCCAAUCACUACAGUUAUUUUCUAAAGAAGUAGAAAAGAGGAAUGAUCAUAGGAACCAAUUCUUCUUUUAUUGGAUUAACCUGGAGAAAAAAGCCAUCUCUGAUUUUAGAGUUGAACUAGCUCAUUUGCAUUACAAUUUCAAACCGGGACUAAAAUGUUGUGAAGAUUCUUCUGCAGAAGAUGAAAGUGAAAUUAGUUGUCAUUUUGUUUUGGUUGAAAAGCGAAUGGUGGAGAAACUUCGUAAAUAUUUUCCUAUUUUGAACAAAUUGUAGUUAAUAAUCCUUCCUACU